CAUUCGGAACACCUCGGCCGAUUCUCUACGGUCAUCUAACCUCGGAUGUAUCACGGUAUUUGAUAUGUAUAAACGCCGUGCAAUUGUGAUGCGGUCUCCGUAUCACUCAUUAUGGAUGAGUCUCCGCUGUGCAUAUAGAUCUCCAAAAUGGCGUCAUUCGAACAGUGUUUAAAGUAUUCUCUCGAUAAUUGUCCUUUAUUUAAAGAGAAGAAGAUCACAUUGAAGGAGAAACAGAUUGAGACGUUGAGAGCAUUGUACGAAGAUCAUGACUGUGUGUCGGUAUUACCCACAGGCUACGGUAAAAGUGUAAUAUUUCAGCUCUUACCGUGGUUUUGUCAGCUGAAAAUGGAGAAACGGAAACCAAUGAGCGUGAUAGUCGUGUCCCCGCUAAAUUCCCUAAUCCAGGACCAAGUCAUUGCAAUGAGGAAGAAGGGAUUAAAUGCUUGCAGUUUGAACUUCACUGGUACUCAUGGCUCAACUUAUGAAGAUGCGGAUUGCGAGAACGAUGAGGAACAGGAUCAUGAAUAUGUUGAAAUUGAUGUUCCAUUUGAGCAACUGGAGAGAGGAGACUUUUGCAUGAUUUAUUGUCAUCCAGAGGCACUAUUGAAGACCAGAUUUUCUCGACUUCUUAGGUCUCAACUGUACCAAGAGAUCAUUUGUGCAGUAGUCAUAGAUGAAGUCCAUAUGGUUUCAGAAUGGGGAGAAGAAUUCCGUCCUGCAUUCCAGAAGCUUGGGGAGUUAAUGUGCAUUCUAGAGAAGGCUUUGCAUUUAAUUCUGACAGCAACUGCUACACCCAAAUCAAUUGCAAGUCUAGCUAAAGAGCUGAAUUUGAAAAAUCCACUUGUUAUCAGUGAGAAUGUGGAUCGUCCAAACAUAUUUAUAGACAUUAGAAACAGAUUGCCAAACAUUCAUAAAUUUGACAAAUUUGAUGACUUGAUAGAACCUGUGGCAACAGAAUUGCUGGAAAAAGGAGUUCAUUUUCCAGUGACCAUAAUGUAUGUGGAAAGUUUGGAAGCAUUGUCUUAUUUUUAUCAGUUUCUUUCGUAUAAACUUAAGGGUGCCAGCUACGAUGGUGAGGAAAUCCCACAGAAUAGAAUAUAUGCUCAAUACCACAAAGAUUAUGCAGAGUCCAUGAAGAAAAUCAUUAUUCAGGAACUGACCAAAGAAACCCCUAAAGUCAGAUUAGUUUUGGCAACUGUUGCACUGGGAAUGGGGCUCAAUGCCCCAAGUGUUUCACGUAUCAUUCAUUGCAGGCCCCCAACAACACUGGAGAAAUACCUACAAGAAAUCGGUCGUGCUGGACGUGUUGGACAACCGUCAGUGGCAAUUCUUUACUACAACAAAAAUGAUAUUGCAAAAAACAGAAUCGGUAUGACAGAAGAAAUGAGGAAGUUUUGUGAAAGUGAAACAUGUUAUAGAAUUAUUCUUGUGAAUUACUUUGGAUUUGAAAGUGUUGUUUUUUCAGGACCAAAGGAACAUUGUUGCUCCAUUUGUAGCAGAAAAUGACUCGUCAUUACUGACUGUAUAUAUGAUUUCUCCCGUCAAGUGUGAUUUUAAGCAAUUCCCUGCAUCUAGUGACAUACACAUCAUUCUUGUGGAUUCUGUUGCUGUAUAAAGUAGAUUCUUAAGACAAUUGUUCACGGGGAUUAUAUUUAAUGCCAGGGAUAGUGACACUCUCACUAUGUCUGUAUGUCAUGAUCACUUUUGCAGAGAUUAUUUCCUGUGAGAAACCAUUCAAUAACACUCUCACAAUAACAUCAGUUUCUUUGUUUGUUCUGAUGGAUAUAAACUGCCAUAGCAACCAUAAUUUUGUUGUUAACAAGAAGCCUACAUCCAUUACCUAAAAGCCUAAAACCAUUACCCAGGAACCUACAGCCAUUACUCAGGAGCCUACGAUCAUUACCCAGAAGCCUACCACCAUAACCCUACGACCAUAACGCAGAACCCUACCACCAUUACCCAGCAGACUACAACCAAUACCUAGAAGCCUAUAACAAUUACCCAGAAUACUACCAACAUAACCCAGAACCAUAAGCCCAUCAUGCAGGAGCCUACAACCUUUACCAAGGAAAUGGUGACCAUUGUUCAGGAGCCAAUUAACAUUAUCUUGGAGCAGGUGACUAUUACCCAGGAGCCCAUAAUAAAACCUAGCAGCAGACAUAUUAGAGGAGCUGAUGACCAUUACCCAGGACCGGACAAUAAAACCAGGCAGCAGAUACAUCCAACAUCAGGAGGUAUCCAUAAAUCCCCUACAGCAUCCCAUUUAGGGGAACACUAGGACAGGGGGGGAGGGGAAAGGAGGCACUAACAGUUGGUAUGCUCACCUGAGCAGAAAGUUCAAGUAAACGGUUCUUAUCAACUUCAAUAUAUCUUAAACUUUUCAUAUUUCCAACUGUUCAAGAACCAAUGGUCUGAUUUUUCUUCGACCUAAAUAUUGAUACAAGUAUACCUUUCAUGGUGCCAACCAUGCGUUGAUAAUUUUUGUUUAUAGUACGUCAGUGAUAUGAAUCCCAAGAUAGCCACCCAGUGGCCUCUGCAUAACGGAAACAUUUUUCAGCUUUUCAAAAACCACCAGGUCUAUUGUGUUCAAUUUUUGUACUUGGUCUGAGCUUGAGUGUUUGGGGUAUAUAGGUUGCCAAAAUCUGAAUCUUUUAACAGUCAUUUUUAUGUUGAUACUACAGUAUUACUUAGCGUUGUUAUUAUUGGGGUUUAUUUUACUUUCAUUUACAUAUAAUGCACUUUAGACAGUACAUGGCAUCCAAAACUCACUUCUACUUCAGAUCAGAUAUACUACUAUGACAUCCAGGAUUAUAAAGAUUAUUAUGUAGAACCUUGCAGACUGAGAUUUUCGGUAUGCAAUUAACACAUUUCAUGAAAAUCACUGCGGUUGCAAGUAAUCAACCUUUACUGUUGUCAAAAUAAUAAUUUUAUUGAAUCCACAUUUUCAGUUUGAUCAAUUCUCUUUAUACAUUGUUGCAGUUUUUGGAUGUCAAACAUUGUUGCAUAGUAGUAUCUGAUCUGUACAGACACGCAACAGACAUACACCAACAUAGGGUGCAAAAGGAGAGCCUCCACGUGGCGCAUCUGGUAACACUGGACAUUUAACUGAUACAUGUACCAAAGUACAGGUGUGCAUUGUUGUUUGUCGAGUGGCUAAUCUCCCACCACAUUAUCCAUCUUUUAGUCAUUCUUAAAUCUAACUUUUCAUUCAAUGAUUCAAAACAUUUUCUUUUUUCGCCUCUAACCAAAUGCUGUUAAUCUCCCCAAUCCUGUAACUGCCAUCAGUUUCAUUACAAACACAGAGUUAUCGCCCCUUAAUACACUUCAUUCCAUCUGUGACAUCCUUUAGGUGUCACCCCACUACCAAUUGUUAGGAGAUCUUGAAUCACUGAAUUUUGUUUGUGGUCAAGAUACUUCAAUUAAUGAUGUAAAUAAUUAUAAAGAAGUGACUGAACUUGCAUUUGGUAAUUCUUAUACUUUCAAUAUAUAGUUUGAAUGCUGGCCAUGAUAUGUAAACAUACGAUUGCGUCUGGAAAUCCAGUAAUGAAGUAUGUUCAAUCACUCACUAACAAAAGAUAAUACCUAUACUGAUGUCAUUCUCAUUUUUUGUGUAUGAAAAUUAAUUACAUUUUAUUCAUAUGAAAAUGAAUUUCAAUGUCAUAGUCUUUUGUCGGUCAAUAUAAGUCUGACAGUCAUUUCAUGAAAUGUGUUGACUGUUGUAUUGCUUAUUCCAUGGGUUGGGAAUCAUUUGGGAUUUUCAUAAUUGAUUAUGUGUUGCAUUUAUUGUCUUGGCUGAAGUUGUCUUGUUCUGAAUAUAUAUAUAUGAUAGUGUGUAUACAGUGUAUAUAUAUACGUACUGAAAGAACAUCUUAAGAUACUAUUAUAUAAUUAUUGAUUGGUUAUUAGUCCCCUACCGAUGAAACCGGGGGGUGACUAUAUGUUUUGCCUGCGACCGUCUGUCCGUCCUUCCAGUUAAAGUUUUGGUUAAAGUUUUAUAAUGGCACACCAUUCACUUAAUAAUGGUAUUAGGAUGCUGAUUCCUUGCAUAGAGGUUCUUAGGGUGUGUGGCAUUAAUUUUGUACAGUUGAAAAUGAAAAUUAUUUUCAUUUUUUGAUUUUUUUUUUUCAUAAUAUGGACUUAACUGUUUUCUCUGUAUUGAAUGCUUCACUGAUGUGAGAUUCUUUUGGAAUAAAAUCAGUGUACUACUAUGCAGUGCUAUGCAGAAUUAUGUUUAUAUUUUAAUCCAAGGCGGUUAUAUAUAUAUUACACAUUUCAAUUUAAAUUCACUUUAGAUUCUUUUACUCUGUACAGUAGAUAUACCAAACUAAUAUAUAUACCGGAAUAUAUUUUAUGGGCAGCUAGGAAACAUUGUUUAUUCACCCCAAUAGAGUUGAAUUUACACAUUGUUUGGAAUGAACUUAUUUUCAUAAAAUGAUAAUGUUUCAGUUGUGGCUAAUUAAACUUUUUUACUCAAAUUUGGCUAAAGUUUUAACUUGGGGGCACCGGUAGUGGACAUGUAUUGGUCUAGCAAUACUCACAGAAAAUGCUUGUUUUAUUUAGCUUGGUAUUUUUAUAUAUAAUUACCCAUGUAUGACUCAUUAUUAUGUAAAAUCAUUCUGUCAUAUUUAUGCAUGUUUUGACAUCUUGCAAUUACAUGUCCUUUGAAAAGGGCAAGAAUACAGAAUCACUGGCAAUCUGAAAA